UUAAAAAGUUCUAUUGAGAAUUACGAGUUCAUCUAUAACCCAAUUGUGAGGCAGGGUUUCGUCUUGAUUGUGUUUCGGACUAACAUUUGUAAGAGAGCAGGCCUUAAAUUUCAACAACAAAUAUUUCCUCAGCCCAACAAAAACUCUUAUGGCUCCCUACCUUCUGGCCCUUUUGCUGUGGGCAAUGUAUGCUUUCCUGGCAAAGCAACGGUCUGUUUUGGUAUUCAAGUUUUCGAAAUUCGAGUCUACUCUGUAUUCUACUUGCUCCGUGUUGCUAUUACUAGUGUUGUCCGGGAAGGCAAAGACACAGUCAUGGAGGUUAAAGAAGAAGAAGGGACUAUCAAAACAGCAGUGAUUGAGGUAGAAUCUUCACCAUCUCCUGAUGGGACUCCGAUCAGACCCAUAUUUUGUUUGAAUAAAACAAACGUGGAAAACCUUAGAAAGUUAGAGGAAACUGAGGAUUGCUUCAUCCUUGAUUUUGACCCUUCUGAAAUUGACACUUCUAUUCGUCGUUUCUCCACUCUCUCCGUCUACUCCUUCAGUGAUGAUGAUGGUGAUGGUGGUGACCUUUCUGUUGUUGCUGAAAAAGGCCAGGUGGCUUGUAGGGAUUAUCCACACUCAAGGCAUCUUUGUAUCAAAUUCCCGUUUGAUAAAACCCCACAUGAGAGCUACUGUGAACUGUGUUAUUGCUAUGUUUGUGAUUGUGCUGCUCCAUGUAAGGACUGGAAGGAUUCUGAAUCAGCUCAUUGCAAUGCUUCAGAGAAAAUUGGUGAUUGGAAAGAACAAAGGUGGCUGAAGAGAAAGGAAGAGAUCAAACUUCCAAAUUCAUAGGCUUUCUGUUGUUUGCUUCUGGUAUUUGACACUUUUCAUGGAAAAAACUGAUCCUUUUGAUGUCAAUUAGCCAGAUUCAUGCUUAGAAUUUGAUGUCUUGCUGCCAGGGGCUGUUGUCAAUAUGUUGAAUGUGAUCGUUUAGAGAAGCAUCUGUGAGAUGCUAUUGUCUGUUAUAUUUUAAUACUGGUUUGAAAUGGAGAUGGUUCAGCAUAGUGCUUUGGCUACAGACCAGUAGCUAUGGGCCAUAGCCAUUAACUAUUCUAAGUCUACUCCGCAGUUCUUCAUA